AUGCCUCUUGCGCCCCCCAUUAACUUUCCAAAAUGGCUGGAGAAUAAUGGUCAUUUACUUCAGCCACCCGUCAACAACUUUUGUAUUUACAGGGGCGGGGAUUUCAUUAUCAUGACUGUUGGUGGCCCCAAUGAGAGGAAAGAUUAUCAUGUUAAUGAAACUGAGGAGUGGUUUUAUCAGCAUAAAGGGGGUAUGCUACUACGAGUAGUAGACGAAGGCAAAUUUAGAGACAUCAGAAUCGAAGAGGGGGAGAUGUUCCUUCUUCCUGCCAACACACCACAUAAUCCUGUUCGAUUCACCGACACCAUAGGACUCGUAAUAGAACGCGAACGACCUACUGAAUCACUUGAUCGCCUGCGCUGGUACUGUGAAAAAGGCCAGCACGAGGAGCCAACAAUCAUUUACGAGGAAUCGUUCCACGUUACGGAUCUGGGAACUCAGCUGAAGCCAGUCAUCCAGAAGUGGAUGAGCAGCGAAGACAUAAGGCGGUGCAAGGCUUGCGGCGUUGUUGCUGAUGCGAAGUAG